AAGUAUCCUUCUUAUACACGACAAGAACACAUAGUCAGCGUCUGGUCGGUCCGUUGGCUUGAAGUCUGCACCAUCUUGUACGAGAUGGACUACCUAUUCCAUGAGCAGGUUCCUCUAGAGAUUUUCCCACUUGACUCCAAGCUAACCAUUUGGCUUCACCGCAACCCUCCCUCGUAA